CGGGAACUGCGCAGUAUUUCAAAGUCUGAUCGAGAACGAAAAACAAAGCGACAAGAGCGAAACGAGAAGAAAAUGGCACUGACUCCGUAUUGGUUUCGACAUCUGAGGAAUUUGGCGAGCCGGGACCCGUUCACCAGGGCAUUUGAAGAUCCUUUUGCUGUAUUUGCAAGAGACCCAUUCUUCAGGGACCCACUAAAGUUUAUAAAGUCCGUCACUGCACCUAUUGAUAACAUAGAGGGUGUGUACUCCGAUCAUGAAAUUAAAGUGGACGGAAAGAAGGUGGAAGUGUGUUUGGACGUCCAGAACUUCACUCCGGAUCAAAUUCAAGUGAAGACAGUGGGGAACGAGAUAAUGGUGGAAGGGAAGAAGGAGAUCAAAAAGGAGGACGGUUGGACGAGGAGUCACUUCGAAAGGAGGUUCCUGUUGCCCGAGGGCUUCCCGCCGGAGCGCGUGGAGUGCCAUCUGGACAAGGGGAAGCUGCUGCUGGUGGCCUUCCGUGCCGAGCCCCUGGCCGAACGCACCGUCCCCAUCCAGGAGAAGAAAGACACCAGCGAAGAAAAAUCCUAAUGGCUUAGCUCUAAUAAAUAUUAAUUUGUAAAUUUCAUAGACUGACUAGUUCUUACCAUGUGAUUAAUUUUGUUUAGUUAACAGAAUUGUAAGUUUUGGUUAAAUAUACGUUAAGUUCCUAAUA